UGGCGCGGUGCUCCGCCUCUGCCUCCUCCACGGGGCGCUGUCCACACGUCCCGAUGCUGAAUCAAGCAGCAGCCAGGGAAACACUGUAGGACCUAGGAGGGGAAUGAAAGACAGAGCCGCACCCCGUCCGGUCCGCUUCCAGUGAGGUUCAGUUCUGUCCUAACCUGGAUGCCUCUUAUCCAGAUGCUGCUGCUGCUACUGCAUCUCCUUCUUCCCUUGGGUUCUGAUGGGGCCCAGAACUCCAACACAACCUCAGAAGGCUGCCAAAUCAUACACCCACCAUGGGAAGGGGGGAUCCGCUACAGGGGCCUGACCCGAGAUCAGGUUCGGGCAAUCAACUUCCUGCCUGUUGACUAUGAGAUUGAGUAUGUGUGCCGGGGGGAUCGUGAGGUUGUGGGUCCCAAGGUUCGAAAGUGUCUCUCCAAUGGUUCUUGGACAGAUAUGGACAUGCCAAGCCGGUGUGUACGUACCUGUUCCAAGUCUUAUCUGACACUGGAUAAUGGGACAGCUUUCCUCAGGGGAGGGAACCGUCCAGCCCUGGAUGGUGCCUGGGUGGAUUUCAGAUGUGACCCCGGUUUCCAUCUAGUGGGCAGUUCUCGAAGCAUCUGUGCCCGGGGACAAUGGGACACCCCGAAGCCCUCCUGCCAGGUGAAGAGAACCACAUACACAGCCCCCUCCUCAGGCCGGCGCGCCGUCUAUAUCGGGGCGCUGUUCCCCAUGAGCGGGGGCUGGCCCGGGGGCCAGGCCUGCCAGCCGGCGGUGGAGAUGGCGCUGGAGGACGUGAACAGCCGCAGGGACAUCCUGCCCGACUACGAGCUCAAGCUCAUCCAUCACGACAGCAAGUGUGAUCCUGGACAAGCUACCAAGUACCUAUAUGAGCUGCUCUACAAUGAUCCCAUCAAGAUCAUCCUCUUGCCAGGCUGCAGCUCUGUCUCCACCCUUGUAGCAGAGGCUGCCAGGAUGUGGAACCUCAUUGUGCUUUCUUAUGGUUCAAGCUCACCAGCCCUCUCAAACCGGCAACGUUUUCCUACUUUCUUUCGAACUCAUCCAUCAGCCACCCUCCAUAAUCCUACCCGGGUGAAGCUCUUUGAAAAGUGGGGUUGGAAGAAGAUUGCCACCAUUCAGCAGACCACUGAGGUCUUCACUUCGACUUUGGAUGAUCUAGAGGAACGUGUGAAGGAAGCAGGAAUUGAGAUUACUUUUCGCCAGAGCUUCUUUUCUGAUCCAGCUGUGCCUGUCAAGAACCUUAAGCGCCAGGAUGCUCGAAUCAUCGUGGGACUUUUCUAUGAAACUGAAGCUCGUAAAGUUUUCUGUGAGGUUUACAAGGAGCGUCUCUUUGGAAAGAAGUAUGUCUGGUUCCUCAUUGGCUGGUAUGCUGAUAACUGGUUCAGAACCCCAGACCCAGCCAUCAACUGCACUGAGCAGGAGAUGGCAGAAGCAGUAGAGGGACAUGUCACCACGGAGAUCGUUAUGCUAAACCCUGAGAACACUCGUGGUAUCUCUAACAUGACAUCCCAGGAGUUUGUGCAAAAACUGACUCGGCGGUUGGGGAGCAAGAAAGCUGAGGAGACUGGUGGCUUUCAGGAGGCACCCCUGGCUUAUGACGCCAUCUGGGCUUUGGCUUUAGCUUUGAACAAGACAUCAGGGGGCAGUGGUGUCCAUUCAAGUGGUGGGGUGCGCCUGGAGGACUUCAACUAUAACAACCAGACCAUUACAGACCAGAUCUACCGGGCGAUGAACUCUUCAUCCUUUGAAGGCGUUUCUGGCCAUGUGGUAUUUGAUGCUAGUGGUUCUAGGAUGGCACGGACUCUCAUUGAACAGCUGCAGGGUGGAAAAUACAUGCAGAUUGGCUACUAUGACAGCACCAAGGAUGACCUCCACUGGCUGGGUGCUGACAAGUGGAUUGGAGGGUCCCCCCCAGCUGACCAAACCGUGGUCAUCAAGAGAUUCCGCUAUUUGUCCCAGAAGCUCUUUAUUUCAGUCUCAGUACUAUCCAGUUUGGGCAUCGUGCUGGCCAUCGUAUGUCUGUCCUUUAACAUCUACAACUCUCAUGUACGGUAUAUCCAGAACUCACAACCAAACUUGAACAAUCUGACUGCUGUGGGCUGCUCCUUGGCCCUAGCUGCUGUCUUCCCACUUGGGCUGGAUGGCUACCACAUUAGGGCAGGCCACUUCCCCUUUGUUUGUCAGGCCCGACUCUGGCUUUUAGGCCUGGGCUUCAGUCUGGGGUAUGGCUCCAUGUUCACUAAGAUCUGGUGGGUCCACACAGUAUUCACAAAGAAGGAAGAGAAAAAGGAAAGAAGGAAGACUCUAGAAUCCUGGAAACUUUAUGCUACAGUGGGGCUGCUGGUGGGACUGGAUAUUUUCACAUUGGUUAUUUGGCAGAUUGUGGAUCCCUUACAUCGAACUAUUGAGUCUUUCACCAAGGAGGAGCCAAAGCAAGAUAUUGAUAUCUCCAUUCUACCCCAGCUGGAGCACUGCAGCUCCAAGAAGAUGAAUACUUGGCUCGGUAUCUUCUAUGGGUAUAAGGGACUAUUGCUGCUGCUUGGGAUUUUCCUUGCCUAUGAGACCAAGAGCGUCUCCACUGAGAAAAUCAAUGACCACCGUGCUGUUGGCAUGGCAAUCUACAAUGUGGCGGUCCUGUGUCUCAUCACUGCCCCAGUCACUAUGAUCCUGUCCAGUCAACAGGAUGCCGCUUUUGCCUUUGCUUCUCUUGCCAUUGUAUUUUCUUCCUACAUUACCCUGGUUGUGCUUUUUGUGCCCAAGAUGCGGAGGCUGAUCACCAGAGGAGAGUGGCAGUCUGAAGCCCAAGACACCAUGAAAACAGGUUCAUCUACUAAUAACAAUGAGGAAGAGAAAUCACGGCUCCUAGAGAAAGAGAAUCAGGAGCUAGAGAAGAUCAUUGCUGAGAAAGAGGAACGGGUCUCUGAACUUCGCCAUCAGCUCCAGUCUCGGCAACAGCUCCGUUCAAGGCGUCAUCCCCCAACUCCCCCAGACCCUUCAGGGGGCCUUCCUUGUGGUACCUCUGAGCCACCUGACCGGCUCAGCUGUGAUGGAAGCCGGGUCCAUUUGCUCUAUAAGUGAGGGAAUGGGAAUGAAGGGAAGGAAAGUAGAUAAGGGCUUUUUUUGGGGUGGGGUGGGGUGCGGAGAGGGAAGCAAAUGGGAUGGGGGGAAGUGGGGAAAGAUUUGGAGAACUUUGGGGAGAAAUAGGGAAAAGCCCUCAUCCCCAGGGGACAGGAAUGGGCUUUCUAAUCCCACUGCUGUCUGUCUGUCUUUCCUAGGGUGGCUUGGGUUUCCAGUACUCUGGGAAACAAGCCUCUUUCCUCAUACCCACACAUCUUCAUGUCUUGCUUUAUUACCUCAGCUCUAAUUUGCUCUUGGUUAUCUCUUGACAUAUAUGUAUUCCUCACUGCCAUCUCCUGUCUUCUUGUGACUCACAUCCCCUUAACUCAUCUAAUUCAUACUUAUUGAGUCUCCUGGACCCUCCUUCCACAUGCUAUGGACCUUUUAUACUUUCAUACACUCAUGGUUCUCCCUACUUUAUAAGUGUUUUUUCCUUCCAUCUCACCAUUGUUUUCUCCAGUAUUGGGCCAUCUCUGCUAAAUUUAGCACCUUUGUGCUUUUUCACUCUUCUCCCUGCUCCCUCUACACAUGUUCAGGCUCUCCCCAUGUACCCUUUUUACUUUGCCCAUAUUCUCCUUUUCCUUGCCCAGACUUAUUUACACUUUUGCCUCUGGCUUGUUCUUGCCCUUGCUCACCAUUGUAUCUAGAUUCUUCCCACACAUCUUUGCUUACAAACAUACUUGGUUUGCAUUCAAUUCAACAAGUUUAUUUUAAGGAUUUAAUAUGUGCUAGGCACAGGGAAAGACGAAAAACCACCUAGUCCCUGUCCUUGUGGAACUUACAGUCUGGUAGAGAUUAGAUAUGUUAACAAUCAGUUUUAAUACAAGUUAGAGUAUUAUAAACACAUAGGAAAGGUCAGGGUGACAUGAGCAAUUGAAGGAUCAUUUGUGGAUAGAGAUGUCCCGCAAAUCAGAGAAGCAGUGUGAUAUGGUGCAUAGGGAACUGACCUUGAAACCAGGAAGAUCUGGAUUCAAGUCCUGACUCUGACGUGUACUAGCUGUGUGACAUUGGGUGAGUAACUUAAGCUUUCAGUGCUCUUGCCAACCCUCUAAACUGUAAGUUGCAGAGAAGGUAGGUGCCAACCCGCAGUGAUAACUUUCUCACCUAAGAAUUCCCUAUACGAAUAAAAUCACAGGUUCAGUCCUCAUCCCUAUGUUCAACAUUACAUAUGUGCUCUUGUCAUUGUCAUUGUGCUCAUGGUCAUGUGUACUUUUACAUAUGCCCCUAUCUGCAAGUGCUGUAACUAAUGCUUUCCCUACACAUGCUCAGUCACCACUGUACUUUUAUAACCACACGUUCACUUUUCCUGUAUAUUCUCAUUCAUAAACCCUGUGUCCCUCCUAUACAUUCCUUGUUCAUGUUGAUGGAUUUCCUCUCCUUCUAUGCUUAUUUGCUUCCUCUUGCCCACACCCAUACCCAUGCUAUAAUGACAAUUUUCCUCCCCUCACAUGAUAUUCACCUUCCUGUAGUCACAACCUCUUAGCACUCUAUCCAUAUUCAUAUCUGUCCUCCCUGUGAUCCUUCCCUUCUGACACAACUCCCUUGGGCUUGUUUUGGGGAGAAUUGAUGGAGAAGGCAUAGGGGGCACAAUUAAGCUACUUCUAAUGGCUAGCUGGCAAGCAAUCUUGACUGAAGGAGGGGUGCCUUCAACAACUAGGACAAACAGACGGACAUAUUGGGCAUGGAUAUUUCCUCAUAUUGUGGUGUCUUCUGGGGAAGAUUCUCCUAGGCCUUCAAUAAACCAGAGAUCAAUGUGA